AAUGCGUAACCAACAUGGACCUAAUCGUGGCUAUCGACGGCUCCAACAGCAUGGGCGCCGACAACUUCGAGCAGCAGAAGCUGUCGAUCAUCAAACUGCUGACGCCUAUGAACAUCAGCGAAGAUGAGAUUCACGUGGGCAUCAUUCUCUUCAGCGGAGAGGUCACAGACGCCCUCAACCCUACCGGCGACAAGAGCUUAGUGUUGUCCAAAGUGCAGAGCCUCGAGCACCCCGAUGAAGAAACGAGAACCGACAAGGCCAUCUACAGGGCUAUGGACAUGUUUAGGCAGUUCGGUCGCAACGGAUCAGUGCCCAAGUUGCUCAUGUUGAUCACUGAUGGAGUACCCACAGAACGGGACCUGACGAUCCAGUCAGCUAACGAAGCAAAAGACAUGGGUAUCAAUUUGUAUGUCAUCGGAGUCACCGAACAAGCAGACGAAACGGAAAUGAGAAAAAUUGCCAGCAUGAAAAACCAGGUGUUUCUAACUGAGGAUUUCACCACUCUAGCAGGCAGUCUCAACAAUGCAACCAACCGAGCCUGUGUCGACCUGAAGUGUCAAGACGCCAGCAUAGACAUCGUCUUCCUCCUGGACUCCUCCUCCACGACGGGAACCACAAACUUCAACGAGAUGAAAACUUUUGUCCACGAGUUUCUACAAUUUGCCGACGUUGACAGCGGAGAGAUCAGGGUUUCUGUUGUCUCCUACAGCGACUCGGCCAUGGUGCAGUUCCAGCUGAACACGUAUACCACGAAGGUUCUCAUGAACAACGCCAUCAACAGCCUGCAGUACCGUCCUGGAGGCUCCAACUUGGCGGAUGCACUCAAGAUCCUCAGAACCACUGUCUUCACUAGAAAUAACGGAGACAGGCCGGAUGUCAACAACGUUGUUAUUCUGCUGUCUGCAAGCGAUGCGAAUGUUAAUGCGGCUCUAGCUACACAGGAAGCUGACUCAACAAGAUCUGCGGGUAUCCAGAUUUUUGGAGUUGGAAUCGGUCAUCGAAGCUCUGGACUAAUGGACAGCAUUGUCAGCAGGCCGCUGGAGGAGCACAGGUUCAUGAUCAGCACCUUCUCCCAACUGUUACCGCUGAUACCCGAAGUCUAUAACAAGUUCAACCGGUUCUGUGAAACUUGUCACAUGGGGAAGACAGAUAUCGUGUAUGUGGUUGACGUGUCACAGACAGCAGAACGUCUUUCGCGGUUCCAGUUCACCGGAGAUUUCUCCCGACUGAAGAACGGUCUCGCAAAAAUGAUUGACAUUGUACAGGACCCCAGUGUCUCCAACCCGGAUGUCAGAAUGGGUCUCAUCGCCUACAGUGACACCUACAGAAUCAUCACUGACGUCACCAGGUUCAACUCUGUCAACGAGUCAGCCACUGCCGUCGAACAGCUGCCCUACGGAAUUACUCCGUCCGGCGCUGCUUUGAUCCCAGCCCUCCAGAGCAUUAUGACACCAGCAGUGGUGUCCAACUACAGGAGCUACGUCACCAUUGUUGCCCCAGAAUCCUCUUUGGUGACCAGCAUGACGUCACUGGAGAGAGAGCUGACCAGGUUGAAAGGUCUCGGCUACACAAUUGUUGUGAUUGCGGUGAAGGAAAGCGGAUCGUUGGAUCAGCUGACUCUGCAGAGGUACGCUAGUGGCCCCAAGUUCUUCUACAACAUCCCACAAUACGCGGAUCUGGAAGCGGCCACCAAGAACUUUACCCGCGACCGGCUGUGCGAUGCUACUGGGCUGUGUGCCGACAGUGGGCACUUGGCCAACGGUGUCGGCGUGGUCGCCCAUCCCGCGGACUGUGACAAGUACAUCCAGUGCUACUACAAUGAGCAAGGCUUCCUGGACCUCGGGGUGGUCAGACAGUGUCCCAUGGGACUGCAUUUCAACUCCGCCACCAAGACCUGCUCCAAGCCAGACCAAGCCAAAUGUGCUUACGACCGAUGCCAAGAAUCCUGCGAGCAACACAAAAUGAGUGGAUCGUGUCGAGCCUACUGGGACUGCGAGAACAGCACGUCUACACCGCAGUGCUGUCCCGAGAACUACGCCUUCGUCCCUGGAAAAGGCUGCCAGCCCGACCCAACCUGCAAGGAUCUGUGCGGGCCCUUUAAGCCAUGCAGCAUGUGUCAAAAGAAACCCACCUGGAACAAUCAAACUGGCUACGACGUCAAGAUGUUAGGUGGUAGCAUUUGGGUUCCUCGGCCUUGCUUCCAAGACGAUUUCAACAUCCUGGACUGCGACUGCACGGCCCCAAGGGAUCAAGCAUGCCCUGCUGACCGAGUUUUCGAUUUUACCGACGGCCAGACUUUGAGAGCCAUAGACCAGGGCACCAAGGAGGGCAUCCGUGUCUACGACGUCCUGAAAAGCUCCUACGGGAUCAUCCUGGCCAACAGAAGUGCUAUCCAUGUCAGCGUCAACCACAUGGAGGGUGGAGACGAACCUUUUACCUUUGAGUUCAGGUUCCGUGAACUGGACACCUUCAGCCCUUACGGUGAGACUUUGAUCAGUUCCGGUUUCACCUGCGGCAACGCCAACAGUCUGCACAUUUCAGCCACUGAUCAGUUCAUAUUUGCAGAGAUCAGGUCGUCACGUGGCCAGGUAGCAGAAGUUAAAGUUCCAACAAAAGGACUGAACAAAGAUGAGUUCAAGGACUUGGUGUUGUCUUACGAUAAUGCAGUUCUUGCCCUUUCUAUCAAAGACAAGAACACUCAGUAUAUCGCAAAGACGGAAGCUCCCAGCAACAUCUGCCUGGCAUGUGGACUCGACAUCGGCCGAGGAGUCAACAAGCUCAGCUUCGAUGGAGAGAUACAGAAGAUUGCCUUGUACUCCUGCGCAUGGCCGCUCUUGUAUUGA